AAAAAAGAACCGUGCCCGAUAAAUAAGAAGCGCUGCCUCCGUUCAGGGCCUCCGACACCUCCCAAUAAAAACGUUCCUCCCCGUCCCACUCGCCGGAGCCUGGCCGACGGGAUGCCUCGAGAUUCGCGCCCAGCCGGGAUGCGCCUCUUCGGCGUCACCAUCGCGCCGGCGCCGGAGGCGGAUCCACCGGUACGGGAUCCGAGCCCCAACCCGCCCGUGGCGGCCAGGGAGGACGUGAUGCGUAAGUGCAAGAGCAUGGGCAACCUCGCCGCCCUUGGCGCUGUCGUGGACGGUGGAGGAGGUGGUGCGGACGGCGGAGGCGCCGGCGACGGCUACCUCUCCGAUGGCGGGCUGAUGCAGUCGUCCGGGAAGCGGCGGAGGGCGCAGGAGAGGAAGAAAGCUGUUCCCUGGACUGAAGAAGAGCAUAGGACAUUUCUUGCUGGUCUUGAAAAGCUAGGGAAGGGAGACUGGAGGGGCAUAGCAAAAAAUUUUGUUACCACCAGAACACCAACUCAAGUUGCAAGUCAUGCUCAGAAAUAUUUUCUUAGGCAAACUAAUCCAAACAAGAAGAAGCGCAGAUCUAGUCUUUUUGACAUGAUGCCAAGAGAGCUGUCACCAGCACCAAAUUGCCCCAUAUUACCACCAUCGAUGGCAAAAGUACACGAUGUGGUAGCUAUGACGAAACAACUUCAGAAUAGCAACUUGGAAGGAACCUCCUCUUCAAAUGCAGCAUCUCAAGUUGGAAGAGAUCUCCCCCCAGUUCCAUCUUUUAAGGCAACAAAUAUGGAUCCAAGUUUCAGCAAAUUUAGCCACAUGGCAAUUUCGCCGCUACAGGGUGUCUAUGUGGUAUCAGAAAGUUCUCUUACUAAGACAAAAUAUGGAGCGCGUCUGGAGAACUCCCUACCCAUUCGGACCAGUUCCCAGAGCCCCUGAAGGGACGCCUUCACCAACUCCUGCUGCUGCUGCUGCUGCUGCUGCUGCGGCUGCCAAUGCAGCUGUUCCGGUCUCUCAAGCUAACCUGACGACUGCCUGUACUAGUAACACAUUCUUGAGCCAGCCAAAGCCAAGUGAUACUCCGUCACUGCCUCCGAAGGGAGGUCCUCCAUCAGAGGAGGACGGUUUGGAACUGACUGUUGCCCCACCCUCCCAACAGAACAUGACGAACAUGUCUUCCCAGAAUGCGGUAGGCGUGAUCCAAGUCAUCUAAGCUAAUAUAUUUUAUUUUAUUUUAUUUCUCUCUCUCUCUCUCUUUCUCUCUAGAAGUUACUGUGGCUGUUGACAGUUAUUGACCGAAUAAAUAUUAACAUUGUAUUAGCAAUACUACAUGAAUAAGAAGAGCAUGAGGUAUAAGCCCAUCAUUUGCCUGUAA